AUUUUGGGUACGUUACGACUUUUGUUUUGCAACAGCUUGGGCAGCAGAAGAGCGCUUGCAGUGCCUAGGAAAACACCGACAAGUCGCUGCGUAGAGACCCCCGCUGCACUAUCCGUGCGUCUCUCCGUCUUGGUCUGCCCUUCGUCUCUCGAUCGCAUUCCGUUUCUCGUCUCCUAACGCGCUACAACGUCAGAUACAGCUCUUCUCCUGACACACCCAAUCGCCAUGCAUGCUGCGGCUCCCGAUGCUUCCCACGCACCGCCGGCGAGUGUGCCGUCUAUCCAGGCUACAGGUGAGGCUAGCCGUGACCUGCAGAUUACUGGCGUGACCCGUAAGAACACCAGUUGGCAAUACCACAUCGAGGUGCUGGACGUGCGUGCAUCCAGUUUCAGCAGCGGCAACUCUGGCAACUCAGCACGGGAUCUGAACGUACGGAGCAGUAACAGUGAGGACCCAGAGACCACCACAGCAGAGGAGCAGAGCGUCGUGUAUCCGGAACUGCCGCCCGUGGUUCGCUACACGGUCAUGAGGAGGUACACGGAUUUCCGCCAUCUAUACAACUACCUGGUGGAGACGCAUGGCUCAGCGCUACGGGACGCACUGCCGAAAUUCCCAGAUGGAGGCUGGAUCUCCUAUCUGCGUGGAGACGACCCAAGACUGCUGCAUCACAGACGCGAGAGACUCCAGCGUUUCCUCAGAGCGGUGGACGCACGCCCGGAGUUGCGCUGGAGUGUCGCCUUCACCACGUUUCUACGCCCAGACCUGGAGGAGCUAGCGUCUAUCGGCUCGAGUGCGUCAUUGCCGUCGUUUGCCAGCAACCCUUCCUUUGCCGCCUCGACCAGCAGUAGUAGCGACAUGGACUCGCGUCCUCCUCCGCCACCGCCACUAUCUGCUCCGUCGUCGCUGCCACCUCGUCACAGUCUUAUCGAAAGCUUGGACGCUUGUCCCGCACCACCCGUGAGCUCAUCGGGUGGGUAUGUGUCGCUGUCGCAGCUCAAGUCUCCUGAGAUCCGUUUCCGAAAGAAAAUGACUCCGGGAGGUGCCGACGCUCGUGGCGACUUGAAACGCAGACGGUUGCAUCUUCACAGUCAAGACGCUGACGAUAUGGACAUUGAGCAGCGUAAACCCUCGGCCAAGAAGCAGCUGGCGAUGGCUCUUAGUGGAGCGCUAGGAUUCAAGCGCUUCGUUGUGGGGGUCGGUAGCGGUGUCAUCGGGACGCUUGGCCGAAUGGGCGGCGAGCGCUCGGACUCUAUAGACACCGCAGAAUACCAAGACGAUAGUGAUAGUGAUACGGACGAGGACAGAGGGUCGAGUGAAGGUGUGCGUGGCCGCAACGCCGACUUGCUCAAGAUGCUGUCUAGUGGAGGCAGCCAAACCGUGCAGCAUUAGAUGUGGACGAUUCGUAUUGCAUGAACGUGCCGCAAUAUGCAGCACGAGCAUUAGAUGGUGCAUGAACCUGAUGCAGAUAAAUAUUUAGCCGAUCUGAAGGUGCUUAUCGACUGGCGCUAUGCAGGCAAAACAAAAAGCAGAUAAUACGAACUCCCGUGGUGGAUGGUGGCACCAGAGAAGCAAAGUAGUACAUGAACAUUACACAGUAAAAGGGUUGAGCAAUUCACGAGCUCUAUACGAGGGACAGCCUUAGUAUAACGUAUCGUACUCUGACCAGCCCAUGCUGUGGAGACUACCCGUGGACGUGGUACCACGCAGCAGUGGCUUAAGCUCGCAGCGGCGGCGCUCGAGAUGCGGCAGCAAGACGCGUGCCUUCUGGCCUGAUGCCAGCUUGAUGUAGAUUGCGUCGUCCGUGAUGGAAGAAAUCGUCCCCGUAUACUCCUCAUGGAUCAGUGGCAUCGUAACAUGCACCUCGUCUCCAUCUUCAAACACGUUCUUGCCGCAGAACAGCCGCCGUCGCUCGAGCUUGAAGGGCACUGCAGCAACAAAUGGCAGUAAAAGUGUUAGAUAAAUUCGCAUAACGUAAGCAACAGACACACAGAUCUUACGGUUUCCGUUGUUUGGCAACUGCUCGACCGAGGCUUGUGCUGUCUUCUUGUGGUCGCCAACAAUAGCAGCAAUGUCGGAAUUGACGUCAUCAAACG